AUGAUUCCUGAGGCGGUUAUAGGUUUUUCCGAAACUAUCAUAUUAUUGAUUGGUUUAGCUUGGUAUAAUCAUAAAAGAGUAUUGAUUAUAAAACUGAUAAUUGUUACAAGUGAAUGUUUAUUGGUUAUUGUUGGUUGUAUUACUGGUUUUGGCUUUGCUCUGAUUUAUUUUCGAAGAAAAGAUUCAAAGUUAAAAUUGUUGAAUCGUAUAAUUCUAAUUUUACUUAUUAUUAAUUUAUUGAUAGGAACUAUUUUUACUUUAUUCUUAUUUGAUAUGUUUAACAGAGAUUCUCAAGUAUUAAAAAAUUAUCCUUUGACAAAGAGUUUAACCGACAAAAAACGACAGCAACCAAUAGGAAAAUAUUGUCCAGAUUUACCGAAAACGAUUCAUGGUAGAAUAUAUGGCGGUCUCGGAGGAGGACCAUUUGAUGAUUCAAUCAAUAUACGCAAUUUAGAUAACUUUUCCACCUACUAUCCAUCUCAACUGAGUUUCAGUUGGUGUGAUUGGUUAGAAUCAAUGAAUAUGACUUAUAUUCUUAUUUCUAACACGACUAAAACUGUCCAUACAUGGAAAGCCAAUCGAUAUGGUGGAGAUCCCAACUGUGUUUCCAAAACGUUUUCAUUGGAUAGAGAUGAACGAAUUCAAAAAGUUUCUCUUACAUUUGGUGAACAUUGGUCAACUGCAGUUCCAAGACAUCAUUAUAUUAUACUUGGUAUUCAAUUUCAUACAAAUAAAAAUCGAAUGAGUCCAUAUUAUGGUAGUCAAUUUAGAGGAGUAACAGUCGAGGAAACCUAUGAUGGUUAUGUGUUAAACUAUAUAAGUGGUACAGCUGGCAAGUUUAUUGAUCAACUUCAAUUACAUUGGGUUCUGGAAGAUAAACAAGUUCAAACUUGUCCAAUUUUACCCAAAACUAUCCACUUAAAUGAUCGACAUUUUGCAAAUACUGACUGUUACAGCGCGUCAUUUGGAGGAGAUUAUGAAGGUACACGCAAUUAUACAGUUACAAAUAGUCCAUGUAAACCAUGGACACAAACUGUUUCACCAAAUAAUUACUGCAGAAACGUUGAAAAUGCUGUAUUGAAAUUUCUAAAAAUUUACGAUAAUAAUUUUCAGAAUUAUAUGGAUGAUAAAAAACUCAAACUAAAAAAUCCUGAAAAUGCUGCACCGUAUGGUCCAUGGUGCUAUGUAACAAAUACUGAAUGGGAAUAUUGUGGUAUUCCAUUGUGCCGUAUCGAGGAUCGACUAAGGGCAGCUUAUAGCAAUAAUAACGAUUACGGCGAUUAA